GCAAUGGUUACCCGGGAUAGAGCUGAGAAUAGGGACGGCCCCAAGAUGCUGAAGCCGCUAGUGGAGAAGCGGCGCCGGGAUCGCAUUAACCGCAGCCUGGAAGAGCUACGGCUGCUGCUGCUGGAGCGCACCCGGGACCAGAACCUCCGGAACCCGAAAUUGGAGAAAGCGGAGAUACUGGAGUUCGCCGUGGGCUACUUGAGGGAGCGAAGCCGGGUGGAGCCCCCGGGUACAGAGCGGGGGUGGGGCAGCGGAGGGUGGAGGGGACCCCUGGAGGCUCGGCUGGGGAAGCUGGGGCAGCCUUGCGGUGGACGGUGGGCUUGGGGAGUGGCAGGCUGUGCUCCUAGGCGAGGUUAAUAAUACCCGCGCGUGUCUGUGUCUGUGUCUCCCUCAUUUUUUCUCUC